AUGACAACUGUUUCAUCAUCAGGUUCAUCAUGCUUAUCACCUAUUCGAUAUUCACUUGAUGUAUCACAAAUCAAUCAAAGUCUACCAAGUGAAAAACCAACGAAUUUUGAUCAGAAUAUUAUCUCAAUUCCAAUGGAAGAUAUACAAUUAAAUCAACUUUCAUUACCAAUCGAUGAUAGCUCAGUAGAACCAGUUUGUCAUGCUCAAAAUUAUUCAAGUGGACAAAUAUUAAGACCUGUUUUGAGCACACCAGGUUAUUUGAGUCCAGAAAUCUUAAUGCAAGAUGAAAAUCAUACAACAGGGGUCGAUUUUGGGGCUCUUGGUGUAUGUAUUUAUCAAUUUGUUGUUGGUAUAGCACCAUUUUCAGAUGAUUGUCCACGUGAAUAA